AGGAGGUAUCAGCAUCUGUUUCGUCCAGAUCCUCAUUAAAAUACAUAAUAAAAAUGGCUUUUGGAGAUUUAAAAACUGAAAAAGGUGUUAAGGAGCUUAACUCCUUUCUAGAAGACAAAAGUUAUGUUAAAGGCUAUAUCUUAAGCCAAGCCGAUGUAGACGCUUUCAAUCAGAUUUCAAAAGCACCAGCCUCCAAUUUACCCCACGCUUUACGUUGGUAUAAUCACAUCAAAUCUUUCUCAGCUGACGAACUUAAACAGGCCGGAGUUUCAGGUAACCCCUUGAAAUCUGCACCUACCACCACAGCACCUGCCAAGGAUGAUGACGAUGAUGAUGUUGAUCUAUUUGCCUCUGAUGAAGAAGAAGAUGCUGAAGCAGCUAAAGUACGUGAAGAAAGACUUAAAGCAUAUGCAGAAAAGAAAUCCAAGAAACCUGAAUUAAUUGCCAAAUCUAGCAUUGUACUCGACGUAAAACCAUGGGAUGAUGAGACUGAUAUGAAAGAAUUAGAAAAAGUAACCAGAACCAUUGAAAUGGAUGGUCUCGUCUGGGGAGCAUCAAAACUCAUGCCAGUAGGAUAUGGUAUCAACAAACUGCAAAUUAUGUGUGUUGUAGAAGAUGCCAAAGUAUCUGUUGAUGAAUUAGUGGAGAAGAUUCAAGAAUUUGAAGACUAUGUUCAAUCAGUAGAUAUUGCUGCUUUCAACAAAAUUUAAACAACUGGUACUAUCUUUCUUAUGUAUUUUUAUGAAU